CGCCGGGCGGGGGGCGUGGGAAGAGCGGCGGUGCCCGCGAGUAACCCCGGCGCGCGCAGCGCCCCGCGCGACCUCUUCCCCCGGCACCGGCGGUGACGCGGCGGCCGCGCGCGCCCCGCGCCCCCUCCCGUCCCCUCCCCUCCGCGCGCGCGCUGCAAAGAUGGCGGCCCUGAGCAAGUCCAUCCCCCACAACUGCUACGAGAUCGGGCAUACCUGGCACCCGCAGUGCUCCUGGGCUGUGCUGCACGUCACCCAGAGCGCCCUGGCAGAGUCCCUCCGCAUCUACGGCACCCUCUACCUGAUUGCAGCCAUUCUCAGGAAACGAAAACUUGACUAUUAUUUGUACAAACUCCUACCUGAGAUCUUGCAGUCGACUUCCUUUCUGACAGCAAAUGGGACCUUGUAUAUUGCUUGCUUUUGCAUUUUAAGGAAGAUACUUGGAAAAUUCUACUUUUGGUCUCCUGGCUUUGGUGCAGCUUUACCUGCUUCUUACAUGGCUAUUCUCAUUGAAAGGAAAAGCAGGAGAGGUCUUCUCACAAUCUACAUGGCUAAUCAAGCCACAGAAACAUUGUUCCGAAUGGCGGUAGCAAGAGGAGCUAUCACACCUUUAAGACAUGGAGAAGUCCUUUUGUUCUGCAUCACAGCUGCUCUGUUCAUGUUCUUCUUCAGGUGCAAAGAUGGCUUGAAAGGAUUUACAUACUCUGCGCUGAAGUUCAUUGUAGGGAAAGAAGAAAUUCCCACCCAUUCUUUUUCACCUGAAGCAGCAUUUUCAAGAACAGAUAGGAAAAUCAAGCAUAGUGAAAAAGUAUCACAGCCAAUGAGCAUACUGGCACUAACAAAAAAGCUCAUGGACAAAGUGUGCAAACAUGGCCCAAGGCAUAGAUGCUGUAAACACUAUGGAGAUAAUUGCAUCUCAUACUGCAUUAAAGGCUUCAUUAGGAUGUUUAGCAUUGGUUACCUGAUCCAGUGUUGCCUUCGGAUUCCUUCCACCUUCCGGCAUCUGCUUACACAACCAUCACGGCUACUUUCACUCUUCUACAACAAGGAAAAUUUCCAGCUUGGAGCUUUUCUGGGAUCUUUUGUCAGUAUAUACAAAGGUACAAGUUGCUUCCUGCGCUGGGUCCGAAACCUAGAUGAUGAGCUUCAUGCACUUGUAGCUGGGUGUCUAGCAGGAAUUUCUAUGAUGUUUUACAAAAGUACAACUAUCUCUAUGUAUCUGGUGUCUAAAUUAGUAGAGACUAUGUACUUCAAAGGCAUUGAAGCAGGGAAGGUUCCCUAUUUUCCUCAUGCAGACAGCAUCAUCUAUGCCAUUUCUACAUCAAUAUGCUUUCAGGCAGCUGUCAUGGAAGUUCAGAACCUGAGACCUUCAUACUGGAAGUUUCUUUUACGACUAACGAAGGGCAGGUUUGCUCUCAUGAACAGGAAAGUUUUAGAUGUGUUUGGUACCGAAGCAUCUAAGAACUUCAAGGAUUUCACGCCUAAGCUUGACCCAAGAUACACAGUUGUGCCACCAGAGCUACCACUGGAGCUGUCUUGAACACGACAGUGUGGCUCGUCAUUGAAUGUGAUCAGCAUUUUGUUCUCAAAAGUUAAUUAACUUGACAGUCGUAUAUAUGGAGGAGGGCUAGGGCUCCACUUCAGUAUUACUUCAAUGAGAAAUGCUUUUUACCAAUCAGAAAUACUGGAGCUUUGCAGGGAGGUGUGGCUUCGCAAUUAAGCCCCUUCCAUGAGCAGAAAACAUUUCUGGAUUACUAUAGUUGGUUGACAGUAUGGUAGAAUCCUGAAUGAAUUAAACAGAUGAGUAAUAUAUUUAGAGAUGAGAAGUAAAACAUAAAUGUGCUUCAUAAUUUCAAAAAUUCCAUAGUUCAUACCAGUAGAGUAUUUCUUGGUAAAACCAAAAUUAAUUCUUAAUUUAGAAAGGAAGACAAUUGCCUGAUCUUAAAAAUACUGCAAUCUGGUGAAAAUGCCUCCCUGGUUUUCUACAUUGCAGCACUGAUUUGUCUCAAGAGCCACCACCCCCUCAUUAGUUAAAAUUAGAGUAUUUUUACACAGCUGUGGUUGCAAAAUAAGGCAUUCCUUAGGAAAAGAAAAUGCAUAUUGAUUCAGAAAUCACAUUCCAGGGCUGUAAAUUCCGCUGAUGACACAGAUAACAGACAAGGAAAACAAGGAGGCAGUACUGGUGGCUGCUGUGCGCCGAGGAGCGGCGGGUGUGGUGGUCAGCAUCUGCCAAGUGGAAAAGGACACAACUGGCAGAGGAAGGAAUGAAACAUUCCAGCCUCUGAGAUGAUGCUGGGAACAGCAGACAGUUACAAAAAUAAAAAAGCCAAGAACAAAACAAAACAAAGCAAAACACACACCCACCUCCCCCUUCCCCAGCUAAAAUAUACUGAAACAAAAUGUUUAUUUUUUAAAGGGUUUGACAUUGUCACCUUAGAUGGCGUCAGGUUGUUUGUCAGGCUGCAGCACCAGUCAGUGUUUCAAGCAUUUCUUUGGAAGAGAACUGACCCCUGAGGUUAGGCUGUUACUGAGAACAGUUCUGACAAUCAUAUUAAUAGUCUUUUUUCCUUGUAGUUGGUGAAGAGUGGUUUUCCAUCGGGCCACCAGACCCACAACUGGCACAGUUACAUUAAAUUUGAUAUGGUACUCAAUGCAAAUAACUACCUACACAAAGUCCAUCUCCUUUUUAGUGUACAUAUUUCUGCAGAUUUGUGUUCUAAAGUGAGACCUUGACAUGCUAAUUCCUUUUUUUUUUUUUUUGCUUUUUUGGGCUUUUUAAAAUUGUAACCCAUUCAGGUGAUGCUGAAUGGUGUUCAUUACCCUAGAAGUUAAUGAAAAGAUGAACUAUAUUCACAUUCAACUGAAAAAACUGAAAAGAGGCGAGAUAAGCCAGGGAAAUUGCAGUAGGUUGCAUGUAUUUUAAAAACAAAAAGAAAAAAAGAAGAAAUCAGCGUUUUAUUGGAAGACUUUAUCAGAUAAUAUGAACUGGACUAAUUAGUAGACUCUUUGUCUUGUAACACUUUAAUCCUACCCCAGCCAUAAGCAUAUUUUAAUUCCAAAUAGUUGAGUUUCUUAAUCUGAAUAUACAGUAAUUUUUAUCAGAUAUGGUCAUGAAAAUUUUACCAAUUUGUGCACAAAAUCUGCUUUUUCAUCAGCUACACUAACAGUGAUGUUUUGUCACUGUUACUAAAGGUGCUUCAUCCUUUUAAACAGUGGUUGUCCAAUUUAGUGUGAAUAAAGUUCUGCAAGCUAGUUUGUAUGCAAUAUUUUGUUGCUUUGAAUUACAUUAGAAUUCCUCAAAAGGAAAUAAAAGUUAAUUGAACAAGAACUUUAAAAGGAUUGUAAGAGAUUUGUAGUGUUUUUCCACUGGAAUAUGGUCUAAAGUAUUUGACCUUGUAAAGUCUGAGAAGUUAUAUAUUUUAGGUGGUGUAUUAGAACUCACACACUAUAUUAUGAAUACUUUCUAGUGUAACUAUAUACUGUUCUCAAACGUAAAGAUAUUUUAUAGAUGGAUUAAGUUUCUCCACUGGAAUGACAAUUGUGAUUGUUUCUCUAUUUGAGGGGGUUUUUUUUGAAAAAAAAAAAAAAAUCCAAGAACUACAUCUCAGCAGCUAAAUAACAGUUUUGUCUAUGUUUCUUGCUUCCAGAAUUCACAGUUCUUGUUUCAAGUUAUUUUCAUGUAAUAUAAAGAGAAAUUAAAAAUUUUUAAAUUAUUUUUAUUCAAAUUGAAUAUAUGUAAGAGAAAAAAAAAUAAAGUCCUAAUGUUCUUCCCAAUAAUAAACAGUUGCUGCUUAAAAAGUGA